AUGCGUGACGUUAGUGAAGAGGAUGGGAGAUUUUCAUGCUGUGACUGCGCUUCCAUCGGUUAUAUUGGAACUGCUCGUGAGUGGGCGUUAAGGGGGUGGGAGUGUGUUACUUUUGUUGGUUUUAAGUUAUUGGUGUUGUUACCCUUGUGGAUUUUCAGCUGUCUGGGAGCAGGAAGGAUGAAAAGUGUGGAAAGAAGAUUAGCUGAAUACCGAAGAAAACAAGGUGCAGCUUGUGAUAACAGUAAGAUUCCAAAUCGUGAUAAAAUUCAUGAAGAGCAGUCUACCACCAAUGGGAGUAUAGCCAUUCAAUCUACUACCAUCACAAAAUUUGUAAAUAUUCUGCUAAAACCAGUCCCGUUGUGGUUAUGCUUCUAUCAUCAUUAUCCACGUUCAUCCAUAAUUGUUACACUAUCGUCAUGGCUUAUAGCUCAGUUGUAUUUUGCUUACAUUGAAUUUGGUCUUGUAUUUUUUGUUUCCUCAUUAUUUGUCUUUUUAUUUAUCAACUUGGGAAGGCGAAAGUCGGGCGAAUUGAGUGCCUACUCCGUAUUCAAUCCUCAUUGCGAACGACUGCCUGGCACAAUGACAGCUGAACAUUUUGAAAGAGAUCUGUUAAAGAGGAAAAUGUUUCAUUAA